UUGUCCCUCUUGCCCGUUUGGAAUCCCCUUCUUAAGAAAACGCCUCUCCUUUCUUGGCUCGGGAGCUGCAGUAGACGAACCAGCAACCAAUAUUACUCAGAAUUUAUGAGAUUUUUGAAGGAUUUAGAGUGAAAGUUUGAAAAAAAUGGCAGAAGAGAAGAUGGGUUCCAAAGGGCAAGCUUGGUUCUGUGCUACUGGAUUGCCCAGCGAUGUCGUGAUCGAAGUCGAUGACAUGAUAUUUCAUCUUCACAAGUUCCCUCUAAUGUCCAAGAGCAGCAAGCUCCAUCAUCUAAUCACAGAGCGAGAACAAAACCCUAGAACACGGACCGAUGAAGAAGAGGAAGACGAAGAGAUCGAAGAGGAGGAGCUCCCUCACAUCUCGCUCCCAAAUUUCCCCGGCGGUUCCGGAACUUUCGAGACCGCCGCCAAAUUUUGUUACGGCGUCAAGAUCGAUCUCACCGCCGCCAACGUCGCCGCCCUCCGCUGCGCUGCAGAAUACCUAGAAAUGACCGAAGAAUUCUCGGAGGAUAACCUAAUCAACCGAACCGAGCGUUUCCUCGCCCAAUCCGUGUUCAGAAGCCUCAAAGGAUCCGUCAAAGCCCUAAAGUCCUGCAACACUCUCUCUCCUCUCGCCGAGGACCUCGGCAUCGUCCAGCGAUGCAUCGAUUCGAUCGCCGCGAGGGCGAACGCCUCCGACUCCGCGGCCAGCUCUCUCUUCGGUUGGCCGAUCGCCGACGCCGGCGCGCGGGAUCUCGGCUUCUCGGUCCGUCGGAAAAACAACAUCAAAGGCGGAUCCGACCCGUGGUUCGAGGAUCUGACGGCUCUCAGCCUCCCGAUCUACAAGCGCGUGAUAUCCGCCAUGAAAGAUAAAGAUCUGAGCUCCGACAUUAUCGAAGGAUCUCUCAUCUCCUACGCGAAGCGAUCGAUUCCAGGUCUCUCAAGGUCAAACCGGAAUCCUGCUCCAACUCCAUCAACGUCAGAAAUCGAACAAAGAGAGCUUCUCGAGACCGUAAUUACGAACCUGCCACUGGAGAAAAGCGCCGCCGGUGCAAACACCACAAGGUUCCUGUUCCGUUUACUUAGAACAAUCAACAUCCUGAGAGCGUCGGAAGCUUCUAGAACAUUGCUGGAGCGAAAAAUAGCGUCGCAAUUGGAGCACGCGACUCUUGACGAUUUGCUGAUGCCGAGUUAUUCGUACCUCGUGGAGACGUUGUAUGACGUGGACAGCGUGGAGAGGAUUUUGGGGUAUUAUUUGGAGAAGGUGGAGGAGAAUUCGUCGGCGAUUGUGGCGGCGGUGGCCGAAGAGGAGGCGGUGAGGUCACCGGGUGGUGAGAACAGUCCAAUGGUGAGAGUUGGGAGGUUGGUUGAUGGUUAUUUGGCGGAGAUUGCGUCGGACGCGAAUCUGAGGCCGGAGAGGUUCUGCGAUCUGGCGCUGGCGCUGCCUGAACGCGCGCGGGUUUAUGAUGAUGGGCUGUAUCGGGCCGUCGAUCUCUAUCUCAAGGCACACCCACGGAUAUCCGAAGAGGAGCGGGACAAAGUAUGCAGCGUUAUGGACUGCCGGAAGCUCACACUAGAAGCCUGCACCCACGCGGCCCAAAACGAACGCUUGCCUCUCAGAGCCGUAGUCCAAGUCCUCUUCUUCGAGCAGCUCCAGCUCCGCCACGCAAUUGCUGGGACCCUCAUCGCCGCCAACGCGAUUGGCGAACAACCAGACCAGCAAUCAGGAUCCUUGGCCCAUCGAGAGAACGACACAUGGCGGACUGCUAUCAGGGAGAACCAGGUGCUGAGACUUGAUAUGGAUAGCAUGCAGAAUAGAGUGCAGGAGCUGGAGAGGGAGUGUUCGAAUAUGAGGAAAGCGAUAGACAAAGUGGGCCGGAGAACAAACCGGGCGAGGAAUGGGUCAGAUCGGGCUUCAGCUGGGAGGAGAUUUGGGUGUAAGUUUGGGACUAAAGUUUGUGAUUCGCAGGAGAGGACUGUGAUGGAGCCGAGGAAGUCACAAACUGAGCAUCAGCAGAGUCCUUAGGUUCAAUUUGGGAUGGUUUCAGGGUACAUGUACUGUUUGUUUACACGCCCUUUUCAUAUUUUCACAAAUUGGGAUUUCAAGAGUGGAAAAUCUUCUUUUUUGAAUAGUUAGCUACUUGGUUUGGAAUUCUAAAGAAGCGAUUAAGCA